UCCCAAACGAUAUGAUCCUGUAGAGCCAAAUUGGGAGAAAAAUCAGCAAGGAUUCUGCAAAGCUCUUUCUCUCAGCUAUGUUAUCCCCUCUUCUUUGCUCUCUCCUCCUCUUUUCCCAUUCUUCACUCCUCAUUUCUGCUCUCAGCGCCAUUCCCAGCUUCGAGAACUCUGGUGGGGUUCAAGUUUUUGAGGUCUCGGAGCCAUGGAGGGCUGGAAGAAGCCUUGCGGAGCAGAACCCUGCUGGGAAUUCGUCUCUGAUUUUGGCUGAAGAGAGGACUCAGCGGAAAGACCCGCUGAAUGAUUUUAAUCCCUAUAUGGGUGGAUGGAAUAUCAGCAGCCAACAUUACUGGGCUUCUGUUGCACUUACUGCUAUUCCAUUCUUUCUCAUUGCUAUUGCUUGGUUCGUGCUCUUCGGUAUAUGCUUGUUCAUCACCUGUCUAUGUCGUUGCUGUUGUCGGAGGGAGCCGUAUGGCUAUUCUCGAACAGCCUAUGCCCUCUCCCUUGCUUUCCUCAUAUUCUUCACCAUCGCAGCAAUUGUAGGAUGCAUUGUGUUAUAUGUCGGUCAAGGGAAGUUUCAUAGCCGUUCAUCGAGCACGUUGGACUAUAUAGUAGAUCAGGCAGAUGGAACUGCUGAAAACCUCAAGAAUCUGUCAGUAUAUCUUUCUUCAGCUAAGUCUAUCGGAGUCGAUUCGAUAUUUCUGUCUACCGACGUUAAGAAACAAAUCGACGACAUUGGCACGGAGAUAAGUUCUGUUUCUUCCAAUCUUACUGAUGCAGCCGCUGAUAACUCAGGCACCAUACAGAGAGGCCUAGAUGAAACGCGACUUAUCCUCGUUGUUAUUGCUGCUGUUAUGCUCUUGUUGGCAUUUAUUGGAUUCUUAUGUUCCAUCUUCGGAUUGCAGUGUAUCGUAUACACAUUGGUCAUAUUUGGUUGGAUUCUCGUUGCAGUCACGUUCAUCUUAUGUGGCGUGUUUCUUCUUCUUCAUAACGUGGUCGGAGAUACAUGUGUUGCAAUGGAAGAUUGGCUGCAGAAUCCCACCGCCCACACGGCGUUAGACGAUAUUCUUCCUUGCGUCGACAACGCCACUGCCAAAGAAAUUCAGACCGGAACCAAGAAUGUGAAUUACCAACUUGUAAGUUUGGUCAAUGGAGUGAUCAACACAAUCUCAAAUGCCAACCCCCCUGCAAAUGUCGUCCCUCCUCUGAAUUACAAUCAAUCCGGCCCAUUGGUGCCGCCUCUUUGCAGUCCGUUUCAUUCCAAUCUCACGGAUCGACACUGCUCGGCGAAUGAAGUAGAACUGAGCAAAGCUCCUGAGGUUUGGACGACAUUCACUUGUCGAGUAUCAUCUUCAGGCAUUUGCACCAACACUGGCCGGUUGACUCCAACUUUAUACAACCAAAUGACAGCUGCAGCAAACGUUAGCUAUGGUUUGUAUCACUAUGGACCGUUCUUGGUCGAACUCGUAGACUGUACGUACGUUCGACAAGUGUUUACGGAUAUAAGUAAGAAUCAUUGCCCCGGGCUUCGACUAUACUUGAAAUGGAUAUAUGUCGGGUUGGUUCUGGUGUCUGGUGCUGUCAUGCUGUCCCUGAUCUUCUGGAUUAUAUACGCGAGAGAGCGACGACAUCGGGUUUAUACUAAGCAGUUUAAUUCCAGAGCUCCAGGAGAACAAGACAAGGGCAGCUAGGUAUCAGUCCAAUAUGCAUUACACUAGACACUCUUUGAGUACUUUUUCUUUCAAUGUACAUUAUUUGGUUGCAUGAGAACUGAAAGAGUUUCACUUAUUUGAUGAACUUCAUGUGAUUUUAUUUAAUGGUUGCCUUCUGUUUCCUUU